AAGCCCAGGACCAAACUGAAGCAAGCUAAUUAAGCUAGCUAGCAGUAAUCGAUCGACUGAGCUGCUAGCUAAGAUAUAAGUCUUUAGUUAUCCGAUCGAUCAAUCGAGGAGGAUGAAAGCAAGUUCGAUACUGAUGGCAUUAUCCGCGGCCGUGCUGGGCUUCUUCAUUGGCAUCUCUUUUCCAGUACAAAUCACACCAAAGCUUGAAUAUUGCGCCUUUCUAAUCCCUUGCGGUACAAACACAAACUCCAGCUCCUCGGCCAGCAACAUCAACAUACUCAACAAGUACAUGUCGUUGUGGGCGGCACCAUUUUCCGUCCGUAACAGCACCACUGCCAACUUUUCGUCAAACGCCACUAUUUCAGGGCCGAAGGAGAAGAGCAAGAUAGAAGCAGAAGCAGUACAGGUGUCGAGGAAGAAAGCAGCAGAGGAGAGGCUGCCUCCGGGCAUCGUCGUCCGGGAAUCUGAUCUUCAUCUCCGCCGCCUCUGGGGAAACCCAACAUCCGACGUGGCGAGUGGCAAGCAGUACCUUCUGACCAUGUCGGUGGGUUACACCGAGAAAGCCAAUGUCAAUGCAACUAUUCACAAGUUAUCAGACAAGUUUGACAUAGUGCUGUUCCAUUACGACGGGCGCACAAGUGAAUGGGAGGAGUUCGAGUGGUCCAAGAAGGUUGUUCAUGUCAGCGCCAGGAAGCAGGCCAAAUGGUGGUUUGCCAAGAGGUUCCUGCACCCGAGCAUCGUUGCGGCGUACGAGUACGUGUUCGUGUGGGAUGAGGAUCUGGGAGUUGACAACUUCACCGCGGAGGAGUACAUCAGCAUCGUCAGGAAACACGCCCUGGACAUCUCGCAGCCGGGGCUCGACGGCACCAAAGGGAGGAGACAGUACCCUGUCACCGUCAGGAGGCCCUCCGGCGACAUGCACAACUCCGGCAGGUUCGUCGAGGUGAUGGCGCCUGUCUUCUCCAGGGACGCCUGGGCAUGCGUCUGGCACAUGAUCCAGAAUGACUUGGUUCAUGGUUGGGGUCUCGACUUCAAUUUCUGGAGAUGCGUCCACGAGCCUGAAAAGCAUAUAGGUGUCGUGGAUGCGCAGUUCGUAGUCCAUCGCGGCGUCCCAACGCUCGUAAGCCAGGGCAAUGGAGAACAAGAUGGAAGUAGUGCCAAGGUGAGAUCCCGGCAGUUUGAGGAGAUGCAUACCUUCGACCGCAGAAUUGCCAGCGCCGACAAGGCCCAAGCCAACGCCACCGCAGCAGAGCAGCAUCGCUGAGAGAUUAACACCAACAAUAUAGACCUAUAUAGAACUCUAGAUCAUGUCCUGUUGAUUUGAUUAACCAGAUUUAGUUAAAAAAGAUCAUUUUGUGGCCAAACAUAAGGCAUACACUAGUACACUACUGUAAACUAGGCUCAUAUGAGAGCAUGGGCUGCUAGAAUAUUAGUAGAUGCUUUAUUAGUUUAUUUUCAUCCAUUGCCUAAAAAAAUGUGUUGAUUCUUCUUGUAACUUCGUUUUCUCCUCUUUUAGACCCCCUUCACGUUGACUUAAUUUGUAUUUGCAUUGGUUUGCAAGAUCUCAUUACAUUAUAGAGUGAAGUGCAUGGACGGUAUCUUAACUUAUACAGGUGUGUCAUCUCUAAAUCUCUAAAUUUUGAGAAUACAUUUUCGGAUUAGUGGGACCCACAUAUCAUACAGGUUUAAACACACUCCAACCCACUCCGUGCGCUGACUUAUCAUUCUAUGGUAGUGCCUACGUAUUUGUGGGAUUCAC